AUGUUUUCCACGCCGCUGCUCCGGUGGGGAGCCCUCUUCUCCGUCGCCGCGGCCGUGGCCCUGGCCUUUGCGCUGCGCCUCCAGCAGCAGCAGCAGCAAUUGCCGCCGCAGUUUCCCCUCGCAGACGUUCACUCGGCGCCCUCGUCCUCCGCGGGCGGUGGUGAUAAGGGCAGCACGUACUGCUACGGCAGCGUGCGGACCCAGGACGCCGACCGGCCGGCCGCGCGGUGCUUCUCCGUGCGCGACGGCCGCUUCUCCCGCAUCUUUGCCGAUGAGGUCGAGGUGACCGAGGCCGGGGCCGGGGCCGGAGCCGAGUCGUCGGCCCAGGGCCCGGACGGCACCACCGUCGUCGUCCAUGACGGGCACGUCAUCCCCGGCCUGUGGGACGGCCACGGCCACCUGCUGCAGUACGGCCAGCUCCUGCACUCGGUCGACCUCUUCGGCUCCGCGUCGCUCGACGAGGCGAGGGACCGCAUCGCCGCGUAUCGCGCCGCCAACCCGGGCGCCGGCACAAAGGACAACUGGAUCCGCGGCGUGGGAUGGGACCAGGCUGCCUUUGGCCACAUGCCCACGGCUGUAUGGAGAUGGUAUGAGGAAGACAAGCCGCUGACACCUACUCCUGCCGCCCAGCAAGACCUCGAGGCCGACGCCCGCCUCGCCGGCGCCUACAUGAUGCUUGACCGCAUCGACGUGCACUGCGCCUGGGUCUCGCAGGCCGUCCUCGACCUGCUGCCCGCCGACGUGCCCGACGUGCCCGGCGGCGAGGUCAUCCGCGACCCGGGCAUGGGCGUCUUCUGCGACAACGCCAUGGACCAGCUCGUCGCGCUGUGGCCCGCGCCCUCGCCCGACGCCAAGGCCCGCGCCGUGCGGACCGCCCUGCGCAGGCUCAACGAGGUCGGGCUCGUCGGCAUGCACGACGCCAGCUCCACGCCCGCCGACCACCGCAUGUACGCCGCCAUGGCCGCCGCCGGCGACGGGGCGUGGACGGUGCGCGUGUACGCCAUGCUGGAGUGCGAGAGGAGGAACACGUUCUGCCUCGACGAUGAGAAUGAUGGUGACGGCGAUGGUGGUGAUGGUGGCGACGACAACGCCCUCCGCGUCGAGCGCGACGACGACAUGUUCACCGUCCGCAGCGUCAAGCUCUUCGCCGACGGCGCCCUCGGCAGCUGGGGCAGCGCCAUGCUCGAGCCCUACGCCGACCACCCCUGGAGCUCUGGCUCGCUCCUCAUCAACGCCUCCGACCUCACAGCCGUGACCAAGGCCUGGGCCGCCGCCGGCUUCCAGGUCAACAUCCACGCCAUCGGCGACCUGGCCAACCGCAACGCCAUCGCCGCCUUUGAGGCCGCCCUGCGCCAGCAGUGCCCGGAGGAGGACGACGCCGUCGACUCCGAACCUCCCAACUCCGCCUCCAACUCCAACUCCGAUCGCAACGGCGACGACCAAGACGCCGCCGCCGCCCUCCUCGCCCGCUGCCAGGCCCUCCACCACCGCUACGCCGCCGCCGCCCUCCUCGCCCGCUGCCAGGCCCUCCACCACCGCUUCCGCAUCGAGCACGCCCAAAUCAUCCACCCCGACGACCAGCGCCGCAUGCGCGCCCUCGGCAUCAUCCCCUCCAUCCAGCCCACCCACGCCACCUCGGACAUGAAGUACGCCCUCUCCCGCCUCGGCCACCUGCGCGCCGACACAGAGGCCUACCGCAUGCGCUCCCUCCUCGACAUGGGCCUGCCCCUCGUCCUCGGCAGCGACUUCCCCGUCGAGCCCCCCAACCCCUUCCACGGCAUCUACGCCGCCGUCACCCGCAAGAGCCCCGCCACCGGCCGAGGCCUCGACGGCAGCGAGCAGGGCUGGCACGUCGACCAGGCCCUCUCCCUCGACGACGCCCUCGCCGGCUUCACCACCGGGCCGGCCUACGGUGCGUUCCUCGAGGGCAAGGCCGGCACCAUCCGGGAGGGCGCCUUUGCCGACUGGGUCGUCUUGGACGAGCCCCUCGGCGAGCCCGACGUCGAGAAACUACGGACGCUCAAGGUUCGGGAGACGUGGGUCGCCGGCAAAAGAGUGUAUGCCCGCGAUGAGCAAUGA